AUAUUAUCUCCAUGACGUCGCCCGCGUGGAAAACGCGCGCAAGGCACUCGCGAACCCGGUCUUGCUCUAAGCGACAUUGACAUGGACCCGCAAUCGUACCUUUGUCACUAUUCCGCGCGAAGCUCAACCCUGAACAACAGAGAACGGAAGCUGUCAAAGUCAAUUAGGUUCAGCCAGUGUGCCGGCUUUUACCACUCAGGUACGGCAAACUGCCAAGGGCCAGCUAGGACUGACCCAAUGAGAGCUCCAGGCUCUGUCACUGUGGGAAAACUCUAUUCCCGACGGUAGUAACUGAUUCACUAAUCUCCAAGGGUGUCAAACUCAAUCGGCAAGCUGGCUUUCCGUCUGCCUAGACCAUGCUGUAGAUAUCUAAAAUAAUACACGCACACAUUCGACGCUCGUAUCUGUAUAUGAACCGGGUCGACAAUUCAGUAGCUGUACACGACAAACGUGAAUCGCUACCAGUUACAAUGUAUUAAUGGUAUUACUAUUGUUGCGUAUACGACAGAUUCAUGCGGCCAAACAUUUGUUUUGUCUACCAAUUUGGCAGAAUUCCUCUCCUGACGACAGUGUCAACGGCAGGCAACAAACCUUCAGGCAAAGUUGACCUGAUUCCCAAGAUUUUGCCUUAAACACGCCUGGUAAUGUCCCUUGCCCCCCUAUAUGUGCAACUAUACGAUUGCGAUAUACGAAAAUGCCUCUGCUGCCGGCAGUAUUCGAUGGCUAUCGGACGUGUCGCGUAAUAAUAGGACAGUUAUUAUUAGGCCGUCUACAUUUGUGGUCGUAAGUCAAUUGAACACGUUCAUCCAACCCUUCAUAGAACGGUCCAUGAGCAUCUGCCAUUAAUUCAGUGAUAAAAAGAAGCAAUGUAACCGAUAUGUCAUGUAAAGCGCACUUGUGUUUUCAGAAAUCGCCUAUGUUAAAUGUGGCCUUGGAACACAUAGAUGUGCUCUGCACACGGAUCGAAUAGAGGGCACUGCACCGAACCGAAUAGCGUCCGUUGGGGCAGCCGCAGAGUGAACGAGUGUGAGCCAACGAUUAUGCCGGCGACCUGGUUGAGCAGAGCUUUUCGCCGCCUGCCCGAUGAUGGGAUCAGCCUACUAACGAAAUCGUUGUAACCUUAAAACACGUUAUUGCUUUAUCAAGAAACUUAAGACAAUUUGAUAUGAUUCCGUUGUCUUCGCCGCUACUGCUACGAUUGACACUGCUGAAUGUGUUUCUAUUAACCGGAUUAUUAUCGCCUUAUUAUUUCCCUUGCUAGCUUCCCAGCAAUAUACUGUGCCAAUGUAUUUCGCUUUCCCACUGAGGAUGAGUAGUUGGUUGAGGGGCAGGCUGUUCUAGGGAUGGGCGAAAUGUCCGUUUGUGUAUGACACGAUCGGGCAGUGUUUGCUCGAUUAUGCUGCGGCAUCUUCGAUAUGAGACGGACGUCACAUUUCAUACGAGAUCUCUACGCGUAAACAGGAUCGAAUGAUAAGAAACAAGAUCGAGUUGUCGUUCGUAUCGCACAUCUAUGACCUACCUACACCAAUCUCCCGGAGGGGGGCGUGUGAAUUACAGGCUCAAGAUCAGUUGGGUUCAUCACUGCAAAAUUUCGUUAUCCGCAAUUCAGUUAAGGGGUAGCACGAUACAAAAGAGCGGCCUACCUAUGUGAAUUUCUAGCCGCAUUUAACAGCCAGUCAACAGAAUAGCUUCAAGCGAGUAUCGACGUCUUCUGCAACUAUAAUCGCAAUGGAUGCAAGCGUAGCUGCCUGGAAACUGUACUACUAACAACCAUUUACCUAAACAAAAUCUACAAAACGAAGAACUGUCAAAUAAAAACAACAAUAAUAACAAAAUUGUUGAAUAAAUUUCUCGACAUUUCUAACGGCGAGUGAGCGCUCUGCAUGAUCAAUCCUGUUGUUGUUUUGCCGUCAUCACGUAAUUACAAAAAUCGACGGUAUAUCGCUGAGUAACAUUAAUUAUCUUCGCCGUGCUCAAACAAAUCAUUUUUGCUGAAGCUCUGCUUUUUCUAAGCCUUUUUUUUCUGCAGGCGCUCGUUGUGAUAUUACAAUAUUGUCCUUUUUGUUGUGUUUUGUUCGACAUUGUGAGAUCUCUUUAUCCAUACCUCCCAGUCUUUGAAGUGAGUGCAAAGUGUUGGAAGUGUUCGAUUUUAAGGGGCGUAAGAGCGCAUAUAUAAGUUGUUUCGUGCUGGGCAUCAGUUGAAUUGGGACAGCUGUUGUUGUUGUUGCUUGUACGCUUCCGUCUAACCUGGCGUGAAAGCGUAGCUCGAUAUUCGUGACUGCCAUUGAUUUCGUCGACGAAGAAGAAAGAAGUAUUUCAACGGAGAGCGUCCGCAGAAUCCUCCCAGAACGACGUCCCCAACAGGAAUCGCAGCCGGAGACGUCCAAAGGAGUCGAGGUCGUCUUCGUUUUGUGCUCAAGAAGACGCCCUCCUCCCAAGAAUUGUCUCUAGCCGCUACUGAUACCAGCGAAAAACCAUUGUCGACUACGGUUCUUGUUGCGGUCACUGAGUUGGGGGUGGUGGCAGCAGUGCUCCUUUCGUGGAGCCCUGAAGCUCGGGGCGCAUUGAGCUCUUGGGCCAGCUUCCACCAUGGCCUCCCCACAACCGCAACGGCAACAACAGCAACACCAACAACGGACAGUUGCUAUUGUUGCCAUACAGAGCUCGCAGCAGCAACAACAACAACAGCAGCAGCAACGACAACAGCCGGUGGCCUCAUCAGAGCCACCGCAGCCACCCCCGACGGAAUCCACAAGUCAGCGUUCACUUCCGGCCCAGCUUCCGUCACAACGUUGGGCUCCACCUGCCUCGGUUACGGACCAUGUCACCUCUGGGUCAGUGCCCCAUCAUUCGAAAUCUCUAGUGCGCGUUGGGUACUAUGAAAUCGGCAAGACUAUUGGAAAAGGAAACUUUGCGGUUGUCCGCCUUGGCACACAUAUCGUCACGCAGAGCAAGGUGGCGAUCAAAAUCAUCGAUAAGCACCAGUUAGACGAAGAGAAUCUGCAGAAGAUAUUUCGCGAGAUCCAAGUUAUGAAACAACUCCGCCAUCCGCAUAUUGUCAAGCUCUACCAGGUGAUGGAAAGUCAACAGAUGAUCUACUUGGUGACGGAAUUCGCGCAAAAUGGAGAAAUAUUUGACUUUCUCGUCGAUAAUGGACCCAUGAGUGAAGCCGCCGCCCGGCAAAAAUUCAAACAGAUCGUAUCAGCUAUCAAAUACUGCCACGAACGGCAUGUCGUGCAUCGGGACCUGAAGGCGGAGAAUCUAUUAUUGGACUCCGAUAUGAAUAUCAAGAUUGCUGAUUUCGGCUUUAGUAAUUUCUUCACUCCGGGCGCACCGCUUAGUACGUGGUGCGGAAGUCCCCCGUACGCCGCACCGGAACUUUUCGAAGGUCGCGAGUACGACGGGCCCAAGGCCGAUAUAUGGAGUCUGGGCGUUGUGUUAUACGUGCUUGUAUGUGGUGCAUUGCCUUUUGAUGGAGGCACGCUACAAAUGCUACGCUCACGAGUCCUAUCGGCCAAAUUUCGGAUACCCUAUUUUAUGACAACGGACUGCGAGGAGCUUAUUCGACAUAUGCUGGUUAUCGAGCCCGAGCGCCGCUAUACCACAGACCAGAUCUUGUUGCAUCGUUGGAUGCGGGGCCCGCAAGGAUCGCGGCCGCCGUCUCCACUUCUCGAAACGCAAAAUUCAGUCAGCUCAGACAACGGCAGCGCUUCGUCCGACGAGGAAAACGAGUUGAUCAUCGAGCACAUGCUCCAGAUACCCAAUUCGACCAGGGACGAUAUUGUCACCUCCGUGAGGGAAAAUCGCUUUGAUAACUACGCGGCAAUCUUCCACCUGCUCAAAGAAAAGCUCCGCAUGGAACCAAUGCAAACCCUUCUUCCUGUGGUUGCCUCCCACCAGAGAAAAUCGAGUAUUACCACAGGAGUUGUUGAGCGCCCCCCUAUUUCGCCGCCUUCACUCAGUAACGACAGUGCGGGCUCCAACUCAAAUUCGAAUUCAAGCCCGUUGGGUUCAACUACCCCCAGCGCGUCGCCAGGUCUUGCAGGCCCGCCCCCAGUUGGACCUCACGAUCGGGUAUUGGACUGGACAAAGGAUGUCCUAAAUCACAGCGAGUCGUCGCUUGAAAAAUUUGGUGAGAAUUCGGAGCAGGACACAGACGAGGACGGGUCGAACGGGCCUAAGGACAUGUACCAGGUGAUCCGACGUCACACCGUGGGACCAGAAGAAGAUGCCCGACAGGGGCCAACGCCUCCCAUACUCAGGGUACCAUUGCCGAUAUCAGCGCUACCCCACACGAACCUGCCGGCCAAUUUGCCCCUUGUACAGAACGAGUCUCCGCAGAACUUCAGUGUUAAGGAUCAGCAUUUGCUGAAGCCACCUGGCGCAUUUGGUUCGACAGCGGCGGGGCAGGGUAUCUUCCGCCGUGCAUCGGACGGGGGCGCUAAUAUCAGCGUGCACUAUCACAAUCGCUUUGACCACUAUUUCAACUAUAACUACACAAACUAUGGACAGCCCCAACAUCUUCAGCAGCAGCAGCAGCAGCAACAGCAGCAGCAAACUCAAGCGGGGCCCUCCCUCGGGGGAUAUAGUCAGCCGCCGUACCGGACACUUAGUCCACAACAACGCGAUCUAUCUCCUCGCCGAAACCGCGAUGAAGCCGGUCCUUCACACGAUGUUGAGCUGAGUCCACGGCGUUUACUGCGCGCCCGGGAGCGGGAAGCUGCGGCCGUAGCAGGCAUGGCCGAAGCAGCGGGUGGUGCGGGAGCUUCGGCUUGGUUUCGCAAUCAGAUGAUGUCCGGCGGACGACAACGUCGUAGUGGCCUCAUUGCGCUGCUUGAUAAACAACAGCAAAGUCAUCAUCUUACCCGUCGGUGUAGUGAAGGCGGUGGGAGCCCGCCUCCGUUAGCGCUAAUGACUCCUGGCGGCACGACACCUCACAUGGUGAAAGCGUUGCAACAGGAGCAUCAGAUGCUUCAGCAGAAGCACCAUGGGGCCACACUCAGCGAUAGCGAACGAGCUGAGGUGCAGCGAAGGCAUACUAUCCAUGUACAACAAAUGCAACAACAAGCGCAACACCAGCAAAGAUUACAAACCGGGGCCCUGAACCUGUCGAUGAGCUCGCCUCCUUCAAUUGCCUCCUCGCCAGUGCACACUCCAUCGGGGCAUGCGCCUCUCUCCCCACAACUGGCCCGUCUGGCUUCUCAGCAGACAGUUCUUUCGCAGCUCCAACGGCUGCAACUGCAGUUCAGCAACAUUGACGAUCCGUCAUCACGUUCUUCGACCCCUUCACCACCUGUCCGUAUCCCCCAGCUAGUCGUCACCGAUCUCAGUCCCAUGAUGAUGCCUCCUCCGUCUAGCGCCGCCGCGAUGUCGGCCGGAGCAAUGGCGGCUGCCGUACAAGCAACUGCUACAAGCGGCUCCUCUGGUAGUAGCAACAGCAGCAACGGCGGCGGGGGUCCACUGGGAACCCCACUUUCGACACCGCUCGGCACACCGGGCAAUUCUGGUUACAUUCCGCACAUCAGCAUCACGGAUGAGAAAGGCGAGGACUGCGCGCUCUACUCGCCAACGCGAUGGGUAGAUAGCACGACCCUUGACGACUCGUCCCCGACGACGUCGGGGGGCGCCGCUACUGCAGGCGGCCUGCCGACGAUCUGUGAACACGACAAUCUAUUCGAACCGCAGACCGUUUAUAGGCGCGGCAGUGCCGAAAACGACUACGAAGACAUAAUGGACUACGACCAUACCGCGGGUGGCCAUGCCUCAGCGCACAUAGGCGGCGCCACACCAAUUGAUAUGCUGCAGAAGACGCCCAGUGGUUCGCUGUGCAUACAGCUGUCGCUACAGCAGGGCAGGCAGGGAAGUUUGGGAGAGAUUCAACGGGCGCUGGGGGAGCGGGCGGCCGAUCUCGUAUUAUCACGUUCAGAACGAGGUUUAAUCGCGUUCGAGCCCCAGGGGGUUGUCCAAGUCGAGCUUGAGCUUGACCACAUGCUGCUAAAAAUGCGCCGGCUGAGUGGAGACAGUGGGGAUUAUUCGCGGCUGUGCCACCGCCUCAUCGAGUGUAUGGAUUUAGUUGUUGGCUGACGUGAAGGCACGAGAAAGCCUGGUGAUGAUGCUGGUGAAAACAAUGCUGAUAUGGAUGGAGACGACCAUGGAAAUGAAGACGAUAUGGUGAAAAAAUUGAAAAACAUCCCAAAGACGACACGGAACAGUGGCAGGAAUUAGAGCAAAUGGAAGAGCAGGUCUAGAAUCGAGAGCUGAAUGGGGACUAUGUACACACGAGGGCGUAAUUAGGAAGUACACGAGAGGGGGAUGAAGGAAAGGGAGGGAAGGAGCAAGAUCAGGGGGUUAGGGCGAACAUCAGAAAUGAUGAUGCUCAUUACGAUGAAGCAGGUGAAUUUGUGGGAGAAUGGUAGGGGUUAGGCUGAACGGUAUACGCAAACAGGGGAAUGUAGGAUCAGCACAAAGAAUUAGAAGAAAACUUGCUCUUUUUUUUUAUUUUAUUCUACCAACUUUUUUUUGACUUAGUUACAAGACGCCAGUACUACAGUUGGUAGCAAAUUUAACCACUAGGACGAUCGUCUUCAGCAGAAAAU